AUGGCUGAAGACGGAGAGGAUUCAGAGAUAAAAAUUCCAAAGUUUGUGGAAGUGAUAUGUAGGAGUUCCGGCAAGACCCGGCGAUUUGCGGCGGAUACUGAGGCGGGUUUCGCCGUGAAUUUGAUAAAUAAGAAGCUUCUUAGUGAUGGUAAUGGUGGCGGUGGUGGUAAUAUUCCAUUGGCAUCCCAUAUUGAGGCAGUCAAAGAAGGGGAGGAAGGGGAACCCGUUAGCUUUGGCCCUAGAUCUGUUCUUGUAGACUAUGGGCCCGGUUGGAAAUUGCAAACUGUUGUUGAACGAAAUGAUGAUGUGACUGGAGUACACAUUCGCCCUACAAGAGCGCAGAAAGCAGAUGCCGAGGGUGUUGAUGAAUCACAUUCUAUGAAGAGCGCAUCACAUUCGGCUUUGAGUUUUCUGUACAUUGGAAAGAUAUUGUUUGCUUUCCUUCUAUUAUUUGUGUUUGGUGCCAUUUUCACGUUACUUUUGGAAAACCUUCCGCAGUUUAUCUUGUUUAUCAACUCAUCAGUAUGA